AUGGAUAAGCAAGCCAUCUACUUUGCAAGCUUCGGCUCUGUGGUCCUCGAUGAGAUUCGCUUUCCCAACCAAGAACCCCUCACAAAUAUCCUUGGCGGAUCAGGAGCUUAUGCCAAGAAAUUCAAGUACACCACUCCCCUAAUUUUGACCGAAGAAGAGAAACUGCAUGGCACCAUCGUCCUAAGCUCAAAGUCUUUCCAUUACCUUGCCAGUCCCGCGGACCUAAAACCUCGGCUUUUAAAACUUCUCACAAUUCGAGCGCAGAUGGGAAUAUCGCAUCGUCCGUUAACUAUUUGGGAACCAUCCCCUCUUACGUCUAAUCCGGAUAACUUUCAAGCCUGUCUAGAUAUGGCAAAAUUGGUCGACGUCUUUAGUCCAAAUCACUUGGAGCUUGCUGCUACGUUCGGGGCCUUGUAUUCUUCCGAGACGCAGAAAUCCGAAAUUGAAACAUUGGCUCUAAAGGUACUCAGCAGUGGCGUUGGUCCCGAUGGAAAUGGAGUGGUGGUUAUUCGAGCUGGUGAAAAUGGCUGUCUUGUGCAGUCACGGGAUAUUGGUCCUAAAUGGCUGCCUCCAUUCUAUGUAGCAGCAAUGCAAGAAGAACAAGCAUCCGGAGUGGUUGACCCGACUGGAGCUGGAAAUGCAUUUUUAGGUGCCUUCUCUAUAGGGUACCUCGAAACGGGUGAUGUUAUCGAAGCGGCUAAAUAUGGGUCUGUCGCGGCAUCUUUCGCCUUGGAGCAGGUAGGGAUGCCGAGGAGAAGCAAAGAAGGGCAGAAAGAGUUAUGGAAUGGGGCCAGCGUCCGUCGAAGAUUAGAUGAAUAUAAGGCUAGACAGAAAUCCACCAACUAG